GCAGUCGAGACGCCAGCGUUUGCGAAGUCGCGGUCGCCCUUGGAGCAGCUCCAGCCCACGGAGGCCAAGGCGAAGCAAGCGGCGACGCACGUUCACAACCUUCUUACAGAGAUCGGCAACUUGGAGAGGCGCCGCCAGCAGGCGCGAGAGGACUACGACCAGGCCAUGGAGGAACUCGUGGCCGCUGGGGAGGCUCACGAGGCGGCGGUCCUGGCCUACAAUAAGUAUCGUUCCCCGACGGCACCUGAGCCCAGCCAGUCGUGCUCAGAGUUUGAUUUUUUGGUGGCAUUCGAAGAAAAACUCACGAGCUUCUCGGUGCACGAGUACGAGGACGGGGAGGCGAAUACGAAACUCCAGGUCGGCCUCGCGGCCACGGACGAAGCCAAAGCCCAGGCCAAGGCGGUCAUCCAGGUCAGCCGUGUCUGGGGCGCGGCGAGGGCCAUUGAGCAGGAGCUCAGGGAUCCCAUUGGACCAGAUGCUGCACCCCGUCCCGAGCACUAUCAUGACGACGGCGGCGCGUGGCAAGCGCCGGCAGACAGGCCUUCCCCGAAGACGAAGAAGCCCGGUGAUCGCAUUCAUGUGCCCCUCUUCUUCGCGAACAUUACGGCGUGGGGGCCACGCAUUCGCGAGUUUGUGGUCGAGAACAAGCGCAACUACGGCAUGAUGGCUUUUGCGGAGACCCACGUCACCGAUGAGAAGCUGGAGCGUCUCAAGGAUCCCUUCCGUGGCUGGGUUGCCACGGUCUUGCACCUCCGCGCCGGCAACCUCAUUGUCAUCUCGGCGUACUCUUUGCCGAAGCAUGGGUUCGGGGGCCUCAACUUG